CGCGCAUCCACAGGCACCAAGCCCCAACAGGGACCAAAAACCCCUUGGAUCCCGCGCAUAUGACGCACGACCAUGGCCGCUACCGCUAACGCCAAUGCACAAGCGAGCCCCAAGAGGCCGGUUACCCCUCCUAUACCAGUUCAGGUGGCAGAUGAAAUGCAACUAGCGUUUCUCAAAUGUCUCCAGCUCUACUCGGAGACUACUGCAGCUGAACUGAGCAAAUGGGAAGAGGAGGAAGCCACCCGCCAGCAGGCAAUCCAACGCCAACUGGCAGAGGCAGAGGCAGCACGUCAGCAGGCUGCAGCCGAAACUGCAGCAGCUGCAUGGUUGCAACAGCAGCAGGUCGAGGCCAGUCAGAAUCAAGCUCGUUACCAGGCUACCAUGGAGCUCGCCAACGAAGAAGCCACGUAUCGGAGGAUACUUCAACAACAGCACUUUCGAGCGAACGAAGAACAAGAGGAGCCAACCGAGGAAGAGAGAAGAAAGGAGGACAUAACAGUAUUAAUGGAACACAUGUUGCACACAUGCAAUUGGCAUCAACGCAAGGUGUUGGCCAUGCUGAAGACCCUCAUCCGCCACGAAACAACAUUGCGGACGCAGGAACAAAAGCUCACCGCCUUGCAGAACACGGACAGCCAGCUGCAGACCACGGUCAGCAUAGGGUUGGCACGACUGUCCGCAGUUGAGUCAACAGGCAGUGCAGUGGCAGACUGCAGCCCACCUUUGGCCGCACAGGCCAAGCAACUCGAGGAGCGGAUCAACCACGUGGUAGCAUCCCUCGGCGACAUCAGCAAGUUUGCUGGAGCAUCAACAGUCAGCAAUCAGCUGCAGACGCUCAGCGACCGCGUUCAACAACGACCGGCCGCCGUCGCCAAGGAAUGGAAGAUGCCGAACUUCAAGAUUGAGAAGUUCGACGAUUACCACAAGACCGAUCCGCUGCAGUGGUGGAUGACAUUCAACGCGGAGGCAGACGUACAUCAUGUCUUACCCCAACGGCGGCUUGAUGCACUCUACCUCCAACUCAUUGGAGGGGCGCAAGCUUUCAUGACUCACAUGGCCGUCACGUUGGAAUGCACCAUCGCCACCCUCCACACCAAGAUCACGUGGGAGGAGUUCGAGAAGAAGUGGAAGACCCGGUUCAUGGUCAACAACGACAAACGUCACGCCUUGAACAAGAUCUUCCGCAUAUUCCAAGGCCAGCAAACAUCACAGGAAUGGCUGACGGAGUGGCAAAGACUCGUCGCCAACCCGGAGUUGAACCUGCCGUUCGACUCAAUCCGGGCCGAGUUCUUCGCCCGGUCUUGCGACGCCUCGACAGCUGCUCUUGGCAGCGAAUUCCAGUAUGAGACCUUUGAUGCCAUGAUCUCAAAGGCAAGGGAGCUCAUACAAGGUAACCGGCGUGCGGCCAACGAGGCCCAACAACAACCCGGUUACGUGGAGAAGGGCAAAGGUCAGCGGAUGCCGCAAGUAGCAGCGAUCCAGCAAGGAUCAAGUGAGGAUCACGCAGCCUCGUCUACAUAAAGUGACGGAGAUGUGGCGGCAGUGAUACCACCGCAACA